GGGCGGCACACGGGGCCCCUCGGGGACACACGUUAAGAGGGAGCUCGACGAGGAACUGCGCAAUUUCGCUCUGGUGCUCGUGGGGAUGAAGUCACACGUGCUCCUCUUGGCCCUGCUGCAGUCUCUGGGAUGCUCGGGAAUCCCGCUGUACAACCCGGAGCUGGAGUCCCUGGCAGAGAGGGGCCUGGCAGCGGCUCUGGCCGAGGUCAACUCGGUGCACGCCGCCAGCCACCUUUACCGGGUCACUAAAGGCUCUGUCACGAGGGUGAUUCCCAUGGGCCUGAACACAGCUGACCUGCUGAUGGCGUUUGGCAUUAAAGAGACGGAGUGUGUAAAGGCUUCGGGAAACAACCCCCAGACAUGUGCCUUCAGACCUGGCUUCUUCGUGCAAUCCCUGUCCUGCUCCAGUCGGGUUCGAAUGUCGGCCACCUCGGCCCAGGUGGUGUCCCUCAGGUGCGGCAGCGGCUCCUCCAGCUCCAGCUCAGAGUCUAGCGAGGAGGUGUUCUCUAGAGGGAGACACCAGUUCAACAUCCCAUUGGUAAAUAGAGCAGUACCGGAUGCUUCCGCCCCUCCAGCCUGGCAGAUCCCUCCGCGGCCCAGAGGCGACAUCUUGCCCAACUAUCUGGUGUGACAUUCUAGCUCACUCUGGAAACAUUUAGGUGCUAAUGAGCAGACAAGUUUGAAUUGAAAAUAAAAUAUGCAAGUCAUUAUAUGGUUGCUUUUUUGUGCUAUUUGAUGGAGAAACACGUUUACAUUGUAGCUCAAUCCCCUCAAUUUAAAUGAUUUUAUUUGACAAUAAAAGACUGUUCGAUGUGG